AUUUGAGUUCAUUCAGUCCCAUCCUCUGUUCUUCUGUAAGGUUUCAUUUAUUUGUAUGGUGUGUACUGUAGAUAUGCAUGCAUGUACAUGCUAUGCUGGUCUGUCCCUGAGAGAUCAGGAGAGCCUUGCCAAGUCUACUUGGAAUCUAUUGCUGGACACGAAGAGAACAGAUUCAGAUAGAGAUGGUAUCAGAGAAUAUGGAUGUAGGGACCAAGAGGAGAUAAUGAAAGAAGGGUAAGAGUUUGCAGAGAACUGUCCAAGCAGCAAGGAAUUCUUCCAGUUCAAGUUGUCUAACUCCCUGGCUUUACAACUGGGAGACCUGACCGGGAGCAGUGAUAUGGAUGGCUUGUCCAGCUACCACACUGAUGCUUUGUGGCAGAACUGAAGCUAUAGCCCAGAUUAAAAGAAGAGGACUGAUGGUACUUGAGGGCCCAAAGAGAUGUUUCCUAGAAGAGGAAAGUGUCUGAGACACUUGCUGAGGUAAUCUGCCUUUAGAGGUGUGGGCUGUCCACAGCCCACACUUAGGGAACCAAAGGGGCCUGGAAAGCAGCAAGGGAUAUGAUCAGGUUCCAACCUGUCACCUAUCAGCUUGGGCUUCUGUAUCUGCCUUCUGUCCCUUACAAGGUCUUUGUGAAGCCCAGCACAAAUUUUGACUUACUUGCUAAGUCUUUGCUGUGUGUUGACCUUGGAAGAGAAAGGAGCCAUGGUCAUGUGGGGUGGGGCAUGGCCAAAUGACCUGUUUGGGAUACAGGGUAGAGGUCCAGUGUCUCCUGGAGCCCAUUCCUCCUCUGCCUCUGCUGCCUGCAGCUGAUAAGCCUCUUAUCUGGCCCAGGCAGAGGAGCCCAGAGUAAGGAUGGGAGUAGAGAGCAGGGCUGCUAUCACCAGCAGGCCUGGGCCCUAUCUGAGACAAGGGGAGGGGCUGUCUGCCUACACUUCCCACAACACACUGCUUGGGGAUCCCCAAGCAUUCACUCACAUUCUGGGAAGAAAGGAAAGAGCUGAAAUGCUAGGCAUGGUGGCACACACCUCUAAUUCCAACACUCGGGAGGCAGAGGCAGGCAGGUCUCUGUGAGUUAGAGGCCAGCCUGGUCUGCACAGCAAGACCCUGUUUCAAACAACAAAACUGAGGACCCAAGAGGAAGGCAUGGGUGACUCUUGAUGUUUUCCCCCAGAAAGGAAAACAAAAAUCACCAAACCUUAGAAGACUGGAUUUUGUCUCUGGACAGGAAUGCCAUUUUUAGGGAGUAAGAGAAGACAUCUUACCUGAGAAAAAGUAAAGAUACCUACUGUGUGUCCAGAGGACUGACUAUGGCCAGAGCAGGUUGCUGGAGCCCUUUGGGCUUUGGAGGUGCCAGGGCCAGAAGCUGGCUCAGUAGGAUGCCCCCGUGUCCUCCUCAGCAGAACAGGGACAGGUUGUUACAGCUGCCUGUCGGGGAGCCGGGCGAGAUGGAGUUGACGUGGCAAGAGAUCAUGUCCAUUACUGAGCUGCAGGGUCUAAAUGUUCCAAGUGAGCCAUCCUUUGAGCCCCAAGCACCCACCACAUACACUGGACCACUGCCACCUCCAACAUACUGCCCCUGUUCAGUUCACCCAGAUGCAGGCUUCUCCCUGCCCCUACCACCUUAUGAGCUGCCAGCAGCAUCUACUCCCCAAGUCCCAGACCUUCCAUUCUCCUAUGGCAACAUGGCUAUACCAGUGUCGAAGCCACUUACCCUUUCAGGCCUGCUCAAUGAGCCCCUUCCGGACCCCUUAGCUCUCCUGGACAUUGGACUACCAGUGGGGCCACCCAAGCCCCAAGAAGACCCAGAAUCUGACUCGGGAUUAUCCCUCAACUACAGUGAUGCAGAAUCUCUUGAGCUAGAGGGUGCUGAGGCUGGCAGGCGGAGGAGCGAGUAUGUGGACAUGUACCCGGUGGAGUACCCUUACUCCCAUAUGCCUAACUCCUUGGCCCAUCCCAACUAUACUUUGCCGCCCACUGAGACACCCUUGGCCUUAGAGUCAUCGUCUGGCCCUGUGCGGGCUAAGCCUGCUGUUAGGGGAGAGGCGGGGAGUCGGGAUGAGCGGAGGGCCCUGGCCAUGAAGAUUCCUUUCCCUACGGACAAGAUCGUCAACUUGCCUGUAGAUGACUUUAAUGAGCUGUUGGCACAGUACCCACUAACAGAGAGCCAGCUGGCUCUAAUUCGGGACAUCCGACGGCGGGGCAAGAACAAGGUGGCAGCCCAGAAUUGUCGAAAGAGAAAACUGGAAACCAUUGUGCAGCUGGAGAGGGAGUUGGAGAGGCUGGGUAGUGAAAGAGAGCGGCUUCUCAGAGCCCGAGGGGAAGCUGACCGCACUUUGGAGGUCAUGCGCCAACAGCUGGCGGAGCUGUACCAUGACAUUUUCCAGCAUCUUCGGGAUGAAUCUGGCAACAGUUAUUCACCAGAGGAAUAUGUACUGCAACAGGCUGCUGAUGGGGCCAUCUUUCUGGUACCCCGUGGGACCAAGAUGGAGGCCACAGAUUGAGCUGGCCUAAAGGAGACUGACAAUGGUGCUAGGGCCCCCCUUAUUCCUUCUGAUAAAGGUACUCCCGAACCCCAGGACCCAUAAGGCACUGCAUUCUCCAGACAAAGAGGGCAGAUGCAACCUUAGCAUUUGGAUGUUCCAAGGUAUGUUCAGUGAGGUUUGCCUGGAGGCCAGGUGAGUGCUGGCUUCCCAGGCCCCAAAUCUCCACCUCUUGUUUAAGCUUUGGUCCAUAAAAGAGCUGUGUGGAAA